AUGGACGCGGCGCUGCGCAGCGCCCGGCGCUUCCCCUCGAGGCUGCUGCUGGCGGCGUCGGGCCGGGCCCGGCGCGGCUCCGCUGGAACGGCCAUGGAGCAGCCCCCGGGCGGCUCCGAGGGCGGCGGGGGCUGGCUGGGCGCGCUGCGUUUCGACAACCUGGCGCUGCGCUCGCUGCCCGUGGACGCCUCGGAGGAGGGCGGCCCGCGAGCCGUGCCCGGCGCCUGCUUCGCACGGGUGCGGCCCAGCCCGCUGCACAACCCCCGGCUCGUGGCCAUGUCCCUGCCGGCGCUGGCGCUGCUGGGGCUGGAACCUCCCGCGGCCGACCCGGAGGCGGCGGAGGCCGAGGCCGCGCUGUACUUCAGCGGGAACCGGGUGCUGGCGGGCGCGGAGCCCGCGGCGCACUGUUACUGCGGGCACCAGUUCGGCAGCUUCGCGGGGCAGCUCGGCGACGGCGCCGCCAUGUACCUGGGCGAGGUGCUGAGCCCGCGGGGCGAGCGCUGGGAGAUCCAGCUCAAGGGCGCCGGCAUCACCCCCUUUUCCCGACAAGCUGAUGGUCGGAAGGUCCUGCGGUCAAGCAUACGGGAGUUCCUGUGCAGCGAGGCGAUGUUUCACCUGGGAAUACCAACAACGAGGGCUGGGACAUGUGUGACGUCUGACUCAAAAGUCGUCCGUGACAUAUUUUAUGAUGGGAAUCCAAAAAACGAAAGGUGUACAGUUGUUCUGAGAAUAGCCUCCACAUUUUUAAGGUUUGGUUCGUUUGAAAUUUUUAAACCUCCUGAUGAAUACACUGGACGCAAGGGUCCCAGUGUUAACCGAAAUGAUAUUCGAAUACAGAUGCUUGAUUAUGUGAUCAGCACUUUCUACCCAGAAAUCCAGGAGGCUUAUUCAGAUAACAAUAUUCAGAGGAAUGCUGCUUUCUUCAGAGAGAUAACCAAACGAACCGCGAGAUUGGUGGCUGAGUGGCAGUGUGUUGGGUUUUGCCAUGGCGUGCUGAACACAGAUAACAUGAGCAUCGUGGGACUGACCAUUGACUACGGCCCUUUCGGAUUCAUGGACAGGUACGACCCUGAGCACAUUUGCAAUGGUUCUGAUAAUACAGGGCGCUAUGCUUACAACAAACAGCCAGAGGUUUGCAAGUGGAACCUGGGGAAACUUGCUGAAGCUCUAGUUCCAGAGCUGCCUUUGGAAAUAAGUGAGCUCAUCCUGGAAGAGGAAUAUGAUGCAGAAUUUGAGAAACAUUAUUUGCAGAAGAUGAGGAAAAAACUAGGCCUAAUCCAGCUGGAAUUAGAAGAAGAUAGUAAGCUAGUAUCUGAACUCCUCGAAACCAUGCAUCUCACAGGUGGAGACUUCACAAAUAUUUUCUACUUGCUGAGUUCGUUCUCAGUAGACACUGAUCCUUCAAAAUUUGAAGAUUUCUUAGAAGAGCUUACAAGUCAGUGUGCUUCUGUGGAAGAACUGAAAGUUGCUUUCAAACCACAGAUGGAUCCAAGACAACUUUCAAUGAUGCUGAUGUUGGCUCAGUCUAAUCCGCAGCUGUUUGCAUUAAUUGGAACAAAAGCUAACAUAAAUAAAGAGUUAGAACGCGUUGAUCAGUUCUCUAAACUGCAGCAGUUAACAGCCGCUGAUUUACUCAGCAGGAAUAAAAGACACUGGAAGGAAUGGCUGGAGAAAUACAGAGUCCGUUUGCAAAAAGAAAUAGAAAGUGUUGGUGAUGCUGAUGCCUGGAACACUGAUCAUGUGAAGGUCAUGAAUUCAAACAAUCCAAAAUAUAUCUUGAGAAAUUAUAUUGCCCAGAAUGCCAUAGAAGCAGCUGAAAAUGGGGAUUUCUCAGAGGUAAGAAAUGUACUGAAACUUUUAGAGCAUCCGUUCCAAGAAGCAGAGGGUUUCAGGGAGGUAAAGGAAGAUGCAGAAGAGGAGGGAGCAACUGCUACAGCAGCUGCUUGUGCUGAAGAGACCAGAAGCAGACUACCAUAUUGCAGCAAACCUCCGCUUUGGGCUUCAGAGCUCUGCGUUACAUGAUCUUCAUAACUGCCUUGUCUUGUUUUUUGCUGUGAACUGAAGACUCUGAUCCUCCUUCAGCAGUGAAGAAUUCAGCAAGGCAAACGUCAAAGUGCUAUUAAGUUAUUGAAACAACCCUACAUUUGGAUGCGUUUGCAGCGUUCUUCAGCUGUGCUUAAGUUGAAGCAAGUGUUGAUCAUUGGAACAAACCCGUGACAAUUAACAGUUCCUAUAAAUCAGUAA